AUGUUAUUAAAAUUAUUAAUUUGUACAAUUUUUGUUACUUUAAGUGGUGCUAAAGGAAAUGUGGAAAUAGAUCCAUUAAUUUAUUAUAUACUGAACGGUGAAUACGAAGAUCCAAAUACACCAUCUGAAUCAGUUGAAAUCCAAGGUCAAAGUUUAAAUGGUGGUUUAUGGAAAUGCGGUAUGUGUGAAGACAUAGGUGAAUCCAAGCUUAUAUACAGUGAAGCCAGCGAAGGAGACGACGCCAACAAUCCAAACAUGGAAAUGAAGAUCGAAGUUACAAUGAUUGGAAUGAAAUGUGUUAUAAUUCGAAGCAAUUCAUCUAAUAUAGUCAAGAGUGUAAAAGGUGAUUGCGAAGGUCCCUCAGUCACUCUGACACUAUCGCCUAACAAGCUAUUUGUAUUAGACGUGUAUGGUCAUAUGGAUUUAAAUGAAGAUGAGGGAAGCAUGUGA